AUGACCAACACACCCCCACCCUCCCAGGAGUCCAUUACCUUCGCCAGCGUCUCGCAAUACCUCGACCACGUUGAGACCACGCACACCACGGACUCCACGGACACAGUCCUACUUCCGUACCUGCUCUCACUACUACAAGACGAGAUGGCGAGCGUGCCGUUGGACCAGAGACUGCGAGGGCUAGUACACUGGCUACUGACGCUGCGGUACCGGCUGAUGGACAUGGCAUUCCCGAACGGCACGGCCACGCAGCGCGAGUUCUAUGACUGCGUGCAGUGGCACGUUGACGAUGCGUGGACUGAGUUUCGCCAGUUGUUGCACACGGAGCGCGUGCAGCGGGAGGAUGUCCUCGGAGGAGGAAAUCACGCGGCUCUGUACAACGUAUUCUGGCACGAUAAUAUCUACGCACUCACGCGCUUCCUCUCCGCGGGCCUGUCCGUCAACGGUUGGAACUUUCGGCGCCAGCUUCCCCUAAUCUGGACAGCCUGCAACCGGCUGGCCGCCGACUUGAUUCUUGUUGCCAACGGCGCGGACGUCCACGCCACCACUUCCGGCCGCACCCUGCUGCACCAGGUGUUCGACGCGAGCGACCUGGUACUUGAGUGUGACCUCACAGAACCCUACAGAAAGGCCCUGAGAAUCGUAGAGUUCCUCCUGGGAAUGCACGUCGACGUACAUAAGAUUGACGAACGUGGCCGCACGGCCAUGGAUGGUGCGCUCAAUGGUUGCGUACCCUGUUUCAACGCGCUGAUCAAGGCAGGCGCGGUGCCAUGGCUGUAG